AUGGCAGACCCUCCAGCUGUAGUGAAUGUGGCGGGACCCAGUCUGAAAUUACCCGACCAGUUCGAUUUCACAAGGCCCGAAACAUGGUCAGUAUGGAUCAAAAGAUUCGAUAGAUACAUCCCAAUUGCGAGCCUCUCCAACAAAUCAGACAAGGAGAAAAACGAUCUGUUAUGCUACACCUUGGGAGAAAAAGCAGAAGAAAUUCUGCUACAAAUAUUGCCAGAUGCAGACACAAAGACCUUCGCAGAAGUAAAAACCGCCUUCGAGAGUUACUUCACACCAAAAAAGAACGUAAUAUUCGAGAGAACACUGCGAGUACGGCUCACUAUUCGUGAUCAACUAAUCCGAGACAGAAUAGUCAUCGGAAUACGAGACGAGAAAACCUCGGAACGUCUGCAACUCAAGUCCGAUUUAACACUGGACACCGCCAUUACCAUGGCAAGACAAGCCGAGCUACAGGAGAAGCAAGGUAGGAUGAUCCGGAACACGGAACCAGAAACAAUUGACAUAUGCCAAGUGGACACCAAGCCGAGCCGACCGGGAGAGAGAAAGGGGAAGCAGCCAUCACAUAGACAACGGGCGAAGAACGAAGACAAGUGUGGCAGGUGCGGCUUACGCCGCCAUACUGGAGAACAGAAAUGCCCAGCGGAGAAUUCCAAGUGUCAUCGGUGCAAAAGAAUCGGCCAUUGGGAGAAACUGUGUUGGUCAAAGACUGUGCGGCGCGUACAGAAGGAGGAUGACGAAGAAUCUUCAACGUCGAGCGAAGUGAACGAAUAUUUCUUAGGUAGAAUGGAGAACAAUGUAGUAGAUUUAAAAGAAUUCGAAAUAUCUGUCAAAAUCGUAGAAUUUAAAAAAACGUUAGAAUUCAAAAUCGAUACAGGGGCGGACGUAAUCUGCUUGCCAUUACAUACGGUUCCAAAUAAUCUCAGAAAAAAAAUUUAUCACACAAAAGGCAUCGUGCGCGAUCCGAAAGGAAAUAAACUAGAAUUAGUUGGUCUGAUCAAUGUAAAAUUUGCGAUCAAGGGGAUACAAAAAAAAUGUACAGCCUAUAUAAUCAGAGAGCUAAACGCGUGCUUGCUGGGGAAAGACAUGAUAAAAUCUUUCGGAUUAAUAAAAAGGAUAAAUAGCAUCGAGAAAAUCGAAAUGAAAAAAGGGAUGAGCAAGCAGGGAACGUUGAAACAAAAAAUUCGCAAUAAAUAUCCGACGGUAUUUAAAGGGUUAGGACACUUCCGUCAGGAAUUAGACUUACAAACGAAAGAAAAUACGGUGCCUUUCGCACAAUCGGUGCCAAGAGUGGUCUCCAUCCCGCUGUUAAAGAAACUAAAAGCAGAAUUGAAUAAACUAACGGAACAGAACAUUAUCACAGCAGUAGACUUUCCAACAGACUGGUGCAGCCCCGUUCUGAACAAAAACAUUGCGAGACCAGUAUACCCUAUACCAAAAGUGGACGUGACCUUGGCCCGAUUGGGGAAGGCAAAGAUUUUCUCGCGGUUAGAUGCGAAAUCGGGGUACUAUCAAGUAAGAUUGUCAGAAAGUAGCAAACCACUUACAACAUUUAUAACCCCCUUCGGUAGAUACAUGUUUAAUAGAUUACCGUUCGGGAUCAACUGCGCGUCGGAUUACUUCGCGAAGAGAUUCGCCGAUUUAUUCUAUGACUUAGAGAACGUCGUAACCCAUGUAGACGACGUGCUUAUUUUGGCAGAGGAUGACGAAGAACACGAAAGAACAUUGCACGAAGUUCUAAAAAGAUUGGUACACGAAGGCAUAACAUUAAAUUCCGAGAAGUGCACAUUUGGGGUCGAUAGAAUAGAAUUUUUGGGUCACAUCAUAUCUCAAGAGGGGAUUGAAGUGCUGCCGGACAGGGUAUCGGCUAUCUCUGAUUUUCCGACACCAACGGACAUAAAAUCGCUUCAGCAAUUUCUGGGAUCAGUAAAUUUCGUCGGGAAAUUUAUUCCAAAUCGGUCAAAACUGUUAGAACCAUUGACAACAUUAUUAAGAGAUAACAGUCUGUUCGUGUGGGGAGACGCGCAAAAGAAAGCCUUUAAAGAAAUCAAAACGCUGUUGUCAAGAGCACCAACGCUCGCUCAUUUCGAUCACACAAAGAACAUAAUAGUUCAGGCGGACGCUUCAAGCUACGGUAUCGGUGGAGUGCUCAUCCAAGAACAAAACGGACAGCGCGAAAUUGUAGCGUACUCGUCUAGAACGUUAAGCGAUCCGGAAAAAAGGUAUAGCCAGAUAGAAAAAGAAGCUCUAGGGUUAGCUAUCGCGGCCGAUAAAUUCAAGGAGUACAUCACGGGCGUAAGGGUAUGCUUCGAAACAGAUCACAAACCUCUAAUACAAAUUCUGCAGUCAAAACCUCUAGACGAAAUGACUCCGCGCUUACAGAGAAUUCGAAUAAGACUGAUGAGAUACAAUUAUGUUGUUAGGUGGAUCCCGGGGAAGCAAUUAGUGCUGGCCGAUGCACUGUCACGGAACCCCAGGCCGAGUUCGCAGAAGGAAGGCGGCGAUAUAGACAUAGAGAACUCCCGCUACGUCCGAAUGAUUGUAAAACACAUGCCAGCGACGGACGACGUAAUGAGUAGGUUGCGAUUAGAACAAGCAUCGGAUUUAGUGUGUAGAAAACUGGUAGAGUAUAGUUCAAACGGCUGGCCUGCAAAAGACAAAGUACCGGAAGAGUUGCGACCGUAUCACCAUAUGGCGGAAAAUUUCUCAUUCGGAGAGGGUUUUCUACUCAACAACACAAGACUGGUUAUCCCUCCACCCUUGCAAUCGGAAAUUAUGUCUUAUAUACAUGAAGGUCACCUAGGGAUAAAUAAAUGCAGAGAAAGGGCUAGACAGUCUGUGUGGUGGUUGGGUCUGUCGAAGCAAAUCAUAGAUGUAGUUACGAAUUGCCCGGCGUGCAUAAAAGAGAGAACCAAUCAUAAGGAAAAGUUUGUAAGCGAGCAAUUCCCCGAUAGGCCGUGGCAGAAAAUAGCGUUAGAUUUUUGCAAAGAAAAAGAAUGGUUUAUGGUCACAACAGAUUAUUAUUCGAGGUUCAUAGAAAUCGCCCCCCUGCGGUCCAUGACAGAACGGGAAGUAAUCCAACACUGUAAGGUAAUGUUUGCGAGGUUCGGAAUACCCGAGAUCGUACGCAGCGACAAUGGCACACAGUUCUCCACCGAAUUUCUAAGAUUUGCGAGAGAGUACGGAUUCAAACUGGUUACGAGCUCACCAAAAUAUCCGCAGAGCAACGGGUGUGUAGAAGCCGCAGUAAAAAUCGCAAAGAGAUUAAUAAAAAAAUCGGAAGACCUACAAAGAGGUUUGUUCGCAUAUCGCACAACCCCGCUAGAAAAUGGACUUUCUCCAGCUGAACUAAUGUUCUCGAGAAAAGUACGCUCUACACUUCCGGUGCUCCCCAGUCUUUUAAACAAGUUCCGUUCCCAUUCAGAAGUGAAAUUAAAAGAAACCGCGUUGAAGAAGAAGCAAGAAAUUCAAUACAACCGCAGACAUAGAACGAAAAAUUUAGGUGUAUUGCGAAAAAAAGAGAGAGUGUGGAUUUCGGACGUGCGCGCGUACGGUAAUGUAGUACGAGCGAGCGAGACGCCAAAUUCGUAUAUAAUCAAAACCGAAAAAGGAGAACUGCGACGAAACAGAGUACACUUGAUACCCGCUCCAGUUAAGCGCGAGAAUGAGAAUGUAAAAGCUAAAACAAAACCAGAUUAUGUAAUCGAGGUAGAGACGAACGAGGGAGACCCGUUACAGGACGAUGUCUCAGUGCGUGAGGGCGAAGAGGUAGACGAAACAAGCAGGGACAGUGCGCCGCCAGGGUCGGACUCAGAGUCAGAAUAUGAAACAGGUGAAUCAGAUUCGAAUGCCCAAAAUGAGACAGUACCGGCGCGGAAAUCCCAACGGGAAAAAAAGCCUCCCAGCUGGUUCAGAGACUACACGAGAUAG